CGCCUGCAAAGCGCAUUUCCUCUCGGUCUCCUGGUUUGCGACCGGGUCGCAUACGGCUUGAUUACUCCAUCGCGCUCUGCGCCGGCCAUGGCUUGUCUGCGUCGCGUGAUUUGAGAUUGCAGGAACCAUAGCUAUAUUGCGCACCUUGUAUAUCAGUGUUUCUUUGGACUUAACAGCAAUUCUGCCGACCUCCAUCCAUAUCAGUGGCGAUUCUAUCCAAAGUUUACAUCAUAUUAUUGUCUAAUAGUUUCUCAAUAUGGCGACAAAGCGGAAGGCAUCGGCUUUAAACGCCGCGGUUGACGAUGAACCGGUCGAUCCCUCGGAUGAGGUCGCGUUUUACUGCCUAGGUGGAGGAAAUGAAGUCGGUCGCUCAUGUCAUAUUAUUCAGUAUAAGGGGAAAACUGUCAUGCUCGAUGCCGGCAUGCACCCUGCGAAAGAAGGCUUCUCGGCUCUCCCGUUCUUCGACGAGUUCGACUUGAGUACGGUUGAUAUUCUCCUGAUCAGUCAUUUCCACGUCGACCACUCCUCCGCCCUCCCUUAUGUUCUCAGUAAGACCAACUUCAAAGGCCGUGUGUUCAUGACACAUGCGACGAAGGCCAUCUACAAGUGGUUGAUCCAGGACAAUGUACGAGUCAGCAACACGGCGUCGUCAUCCGAUCAGCGCACCACCCUGUAUACGGAACAUGACCAUCUCUCUACGCUCCCCCUUAUCGAAACGAUUGAUUUCAAUACCACCCACACUAUCAAUAGCAUCCGCAUCACGCCGUUCCCUGCUGGCCACGUCCUCGGUGCUGCUAUGUUUUUGGUUUCUAUAGCUGGCCUGAAUAUUCUUUUUACUGGCGACUAUUCUCGAGAGGAAGACCGACAUCUUAUCCCGGCCGAAGUGCCCAAGGGUAUUAAGAUCGAUGUGUUGAUCACGGAGUCGACUUUUGGUAUCUCGUCCAACCCGCCCCGUUUGGAGCGAGAGGCCGCCCUGAUGAAGUCAAUCACCGGUGUGUUGAACCGCGGCGGUCGAGUACUGAUGCCAGUGUUCGCCCUCGGUCGUGCACAAGAGCUGCUGCUCAUUCUGGAUGAAUACUGGGAGAAACACCCCGAGCUCCAGAAAAUGCCCAUUUACUAUAUUGGUAACACUGCGCGAAGAUGUAUGGUGGUUUAUCAGACGUAUAUCGGCGCGAUGAACGAUAACAUCAAGCGACUCUUCCGGCAACGUAUGGCGGAGGCUGAAGCUAGCGGGGAUAAGAGUGUCAGUGCAGGACCCUGGGACUUUAGGUUUGUCCGAAGUUUGCGAAGUCUCGAGCGCUUCGAUGAUGUCGGCGGGUGCGUUAUGCUAGCGUCCCCUGGUAUGCUGCAGACGGGAACCAGUCGAGAACUACUGGAACGGUGGGCUCCAAAUGAACGCAACGGCGUGGUCAUGACGGGUUACAGUGUCGAGGGAACGAUGGCAAAGCAGCUGUUGAAUGAGCCCGAACAGAUUCCCGCCGUUAUGUCACGAGCGGCGGCGGGCAUAGCGAGGCGAAACAUGACAGGUAACGAAGAAGAUCAAAAAGUGAUGAUCCCAAGACGAUGCACAGUGGACGAGGUCAGCUUUGCUGCUCAUGUGGACGGUGUCGAAAACCGCAACUUCAUCGAGGAAGUCGCCGCGCCUGUUGUGAUCCUGGUCCAUGGCGAAAAGCAUCAAAUGAUGCGACUGAAAUCCAAACUGCUUAGUCUUAACGCAGACAAGACAGUGAAGGUUAAGGUCUACACUCCAGCAAAUUGCGAUGAGGUCCGCAUUCCGUUCAAAAAGGACAAGAUUGCGAAGGUUGUGGGCAAACUGGCCCAAAUCGCGCCCCCGUCGGAAGAAGACGACAGUAGCCUGAUGGCCGGUGUUUUGGUUCAGAAUGGCUUUGACCUGUCCUUGAUGGCACCGGAUGACCUCCGCGAGUACGCCGGUCUCACGACCACGACCAUCACUUGCAAGCAGCACAUUACGCUUAGCUCCGCCAGCAUGGACCUGAUCAAGUGGGCACUAGAGGGUACAUUUGGUGCGAUUGAAGAGAUCGGCCAGAAAGCCAAUGCCAAGGAAGAGAACGUGGAUAGCAAGCUCGAGGAAGACGAGGAGAUGAAGAACGAACCUGCUGAUGAAGAGAUUCCGAUUGAAGCGAGCCAAACUUAUCUUGUCAUGGGCUGUGUUAUCAUUCGAUACAACCCCCGGACACGUGAAGUGGAGCUCGAGUGGGAGGGCAAUAUGAUGAACGACGGAGUCGCUGAUGCUGUUAUGGCGGUGCUCCUGACGGUCGAGAGCAGCCCUGCAUCCGUCAAGCAAUCGGCUAAGCAACACCACCAUCACCAUCACCAUGGCGAACUGGAACUCCCCAACCCUCACUCUCAAGUAGACGCCGAGGAGCGGUUCACGCGUCUUCUCAUGAUGCUCGAGGCGCAAUUCGGAUCCGACAUCUCUCCCAUCGAGCGUCCCCGUCUACCAGAGCAGCCCAGCAACGGCGCUGUCAAGAAUGAAACUUCUAUCAAACCCGACCCCGACUCUACCGAUCAAACACCCGAUAGCGAGGACGACACCAGCAACGUGAAAGCCGAACUGGCCGAGUUGGCUCGUCUCCAGGCCCUUGGCAUUCCGGUGCCGGGUAUUGAGAUCAAGGUCGAUAAGCACGUUGCACGGGUCUGGCUGGAGAAUCUGGAGGUCGAGUGUGCGAACGCGGUGAUGAGGGACAGAGUCCGCGUGGUGAUCGAGCGAGCCGUGGAAACGGUAGCAAACAUGUGGACCGAGGCGAUUCCGACAUCUGCUACGAAUGGCGAGGCGAAAGAGUUGGACCAGCAGGCACCCUCCAAGGGCGCUGAAAUUGAGGCCAAGGCAUAG